AUGCACGUGUCUCAUCCAAGUUUGUUUGAUUUCUCCGCCGUCAUGGUAGCUAAACCACUUAUCACCGAGCUUGUUGCUCUUACAGAGAAGAAGAUGGACAUGACACUAGAUGACAUAAUCAAAAUGUCUAAAAACCCUAAGUUUACAACAAAGCAAUCUAGGGUUUCGAACAAGAGCAAAAAAUUUACAAACAGUUUUGCACAAGAUAGAUCUUUUAAGGCGCGCCGGUACAUGGAGUCAAGAUCUUCUCUUAGACAAGGAGUUCUUGCAAAAAGAAGGUCAAAUUUCCAGGGAAACCAAUUUCCCCUUGCAACUGAGGUUGCGCGUAGGGUUGUUGCUGCUCCUCUGCACUAUGGAGGUGCUAACCGAAAUAAGAUGGCUAACUGGAAUAAACCAAGGUUCCAGGUUCCUGUGAAUCAGAGAAGAGCUGCUAGUGGAGGUUUUGCUGCUAAGCCACUACCUCAACAUCAUUAUCAGCAGCAGCAACAACAUCAACAUCAAUAUCAGCAGCAGGAUGUCAACAUAAAGCCUAAUAAUCAAAGGCCUCAUACAUUGGAUUCUCUGUUUGCUAAUAUGAAGGAGCAAAGAAUGAAAGCUUUCUCAAGGCAGAACAAUGCUGUGCAGCACAAUGGAGCUGGUAACGGGAGGCCUCCUUGGGGAAGAGGCCAAUAUGGCAACUGA